AUGGCUAAUCCACAUGGUGAAGAUCCCGCAUGGAUCGAGCAUAAUAUCGGUCGAGCACUGGAUUUCAAAGGAGAAUGGGAAGCUGCACGGAAAUAUUAUGAAAGUGCUUACAGGCGAAUGAUGAGUGUUGAUCCGCCUCGUGUCAAGGAUUCUGCUUAUGUACUUACCAGUAUUGGUUGCGUCUUCCGAAAAGAAGGUCAUUUCCAUCAAGCACUUGAUUCGUUUAAAAGUUCGUUAGAAAUACGCGAGAAAUUCUACCCAAGUGAUCAUCUUGAUAUUGCUGAGAAUAUCAACAAUACAGGCUGUGUUCUUCGUCGACUUGGAAGAUAUCUUCUUGAAGAUUUAGCCAAUGAAAUUCUUUAUGAAAUAUUUGAAUAUCUUGAUGUACAUGAUAUUUACAAAGUAUUUUAUAAUCUUAAUAAUCGAUUUCAAAAUUUAGCUAUUAAUUCAAAUGUUUUAACUAAAAUUAAUAUUUCAAUAAUAUCUAAAUCAAAUUUUGACGAUUAUUAUCAUGAUAUUAUUAUACCAAAUAAAAGUCGAAUUAAUUUUCUUCGUUUAUUAAAUCCAUUUGCUGCCGAGAUUAUUUUCUCACCACCACGUUUGAUUUUGAAUUUCAUUCGUCUUGAAACAUUAGUUCUUGAAAAUAUACAAAUCAAACAUCUUAAUAAAAUCUUUGAUAAUUUAAUACACUUACGUAAAUUUCAUUCAUUAACUAUUUCGAUCGGUGAUUAUAUUGAAUCAUUAUCUCCGAUUUUUUCUCAUAUAUUUUUUUUAUCAAAAUUAAAAUAUUGUAAAAUUGAAUAUCAAACAAAAGAUUACGAAGACCCAUUGUUGACCAUUUUUACUCAAUAUGAUUACAGUCCGAUACAAUGGUUGAUAAUCAAUGGUCGUUUUCCAUUUGAUGCAUUUAAUAAAUUAUUAUGUUGUCUUCCUAAACUUCAGCAUUUAUCAAUUGAUUGUCUUGUUCAAUCUCGUUAUUAUGCGGAAGAAGAAGAAGAAGAAGAAAAUUUAUCUCUUAUUCAAUUAAAAUAUUUGAAAUAUGUUUCUCUUCGAAUUGAUUAUAUUGAGUUUAAAAAGUUUGAAAAAACUAUCACAGAAUUGUUUCAUUAUGUUCAAAUUUUACAUCUUACGACAUAUUAUGAUGAAGCAUAUUUAGAUGCUAAACGAUGGCAAAGAUUAAUAGUAUCAAAUAUGCCAUAUUUACGUAUCUUUGAUAUAAAUCAUAAAGGUUCUGUAAAAACCAAAACUUUAACAUAUCAUGAUGUUAUUAAUGAAUUUAAUUCUUCGUUUUGGAUUGAAAAUAAAUGGUUUUUUACACAUCAACAUAUUUGGAAAGAUCAACCUGAUAAUGGAAUUUUUUAUUCGAUCGCUCCAUAUCGACGAAAAGAUUAUGUAUAUCAUUGGGAAUCAAAUGAACCAAUUUGUUCACACAUACAAAAAGAAGAUUACCAUUUAGUUAAACAUCUUUAUAUUUGUAGUAAAGAAAUAAAAGAUAAUAAUGUAAGUUAUUUUCCAAAUGUUAAUCAAUUAACCAUUAAACAUCAUUUUGAAACAUCAAAUGAUUUAAUUCCAAAAACUCUUCGCCGUAUGAUUCCUUUAAAACAACUUACAAAGUUGGUUAUUGAAUGUUAUAAGUUUACAUUUACGGAAAUUAUUCAAUUGUUACGUUUUACACCUAAUCUAUAUGCAUUAAAAUUGGAUUAUUUACCAUUCGGGGACAUUAAUCUAAAUGUAAUUAAACAAAAUAAAGUUUUUCAAUAUGUAUCAAAUAGAAAUAAAAUAAAAAUUCUCGAUUUUCGUGUUUGGUGUUCAUUCGAUGAAAUUCAAUUGGUUGUGAAUUUAUUUCCACGAUUAGAAUAUCUUAAAAUUGGAUUGAAUAGAAAAGAAAUACAAUCAAUAGUUCGAUUUUUAUUAUCAAAAACUAAUAAUAAAACACAAAAUUUAUUCUUUUUAUGUAUUUUACAAAUACCAAAAAUAUGUUUAAAAGAAUUAUCUAUUUUAAUCAAAUCAGAAAAUUUACUUAAUGAUUACUGUAGUAAAUUUAUUAAUCGUGAUUUGUAUUUAUGGUGGUAA